AUGAGACGAAGAAAAACCUUCGGAAAAAAGGUUUUUGAGAGUAUUGAAGAUAUCGAGGUUGAAGUUACAUUGGUGAGGUGGUUUGAGGUAGCCGCUGGAGGACUUAUGUUUAUUUGCCUCAUCGUCAGCGGUUUUUAUGUGGCCACCGAGAGGUGCCGCACACGGGCAGUAGCAGUGGCUCUGCUUCUGGUCACGCUCAUAGCAGCUGGACUUGCUAUCGCUGGGAUUGUGUUAUGGAUCCUACAAGUGGAGUCGCCGUACUACCCCGCCUGGUCCAUGGGCCUCUCCGCUCUCGCCUCCGCCCUCGUCCUUAUCACUGCAAUGUGUCUGGUUCCCGACAUUAAGGAAAAUAAAUACAAACCAAAAUCCACAGUUUACCCUGAUCAGGGCAGCAGGUACAACCGUCUGGAAAAAUCUGACAGCAUUCUAAGCAGAGACGACGGGCGUAGUGACAAAGUCAUCAGACGACCAUCUGACGUCAUGGUAACAUCAAUUGGUGACACCCCACGUGACUACAAAAAGUCAGGUGACCUCGGGAGGGAAUAUGGAAGACAGAACAGACGUGAGAGCAGAAACAGCGCCGACUACAAUCCGUACCCCUAUGGACCAAGAUCUACCAAAGACCCUUUUAACGGUGGAUUCGACAGAUUUGAACUUGAAGUCAUCACACCAUCUGCCCCUCCAAGAUAUGAUUAUAUGCAGAAAAAAUAUUGAUAAAUAUAUAUUUAACAAAAAACUUUCUUCAAUUCAAUACUCAAUUUUAAGUUAU